AUCUCGAAGUCAUCGUUGAAAGUGACGUGUCGAUUUUAUCGUCGUGUGUGGUACGGAGAUAAUCAACGUCACCUCAUGUCUGUUUCCCGUUCAUUCAAAAUCGAUCUUUAUGGUCUUCUCGCUUCUUCUUUACUCAUCAUCCGUAUGCUCCCUCGUCUUCAUCGGCAUCAUCCUCCGGCUCGCCGAGGGACCUCCUCACGCCUUCGUAUUUUGCAAGGUUGACGCACGUGUCGCAAUGCCGCUCUGCUCCCGCUCCCCAGACCUCUCAAAGUGUCGUUCCGUUCAAGUAAAGAAGCGGCAAUGAUGGCGAUGGUCCUUUGGCGCAUGCUCUUCGUGUUGCAAGCGAUUU